AUCUGUAUUUUCUGAUCUUGUUCAAGUCGUCUUCUCUAAAUCUUCUCUUCAAAAAUGUCGGGUCGAGGUAAGGGCGGAAAAGGCUUAGGAAAGGGUGGCGCCAAGCGUCAUCGGAAAGUUCUCCGUGACAACAUCCAGGGAAUCACGAAACCGGCAAUCCGACGUUUGGCUCGUAGGGGAGGAGUGAAGAGAAUCAGCGGUCUCAUCUAUGAGGAGACUCGAGGUGUUCUUAAAAUCUUCCUCGAGAACGUAAUCCGUGAUGCUGUGACCUACACUGAGCACGCCAGGAGGAAGACGGUGACUGCUAUGGAUGUUGUUUACGCGCUCAAGAGACAGGGAAGAACACUGUAUGGAUUUGGAGGUUAAUUUGUUUGUUAGAUUAUCUCUGCCAUUGGUUUAGGGUUUCGAUUUAUGAUAUUUUGUAUAUUGUUGUUGUUGUUGUUGUUGUUCUAGGCUGAUCUUUUGUGAAAGUUUGGUUUUAGUGAUGAUUUUGCAGUGAAAUUGUUUUGCUUUUGGAUUCAA